AUGAUUUCAUCAAGUACAUGGGUUCCAAGAGGAUUUGCCUCUGAAUUUCCUGAGAAAUAUGAAUUAGAUGAUGAAGAAAUGGAAAGAAUCAAUGCAAUGGCUAAUUUGGAACUUAAUGAUGCCAGAGAACAAUUAGCAGAAGCUGAAGCUGAUGAAGAACAAGAUGACGAUGAAGAAGAAAAACCAGCCACUACUCAAUUAAAAGAACAAAUUGAAAUAGAUGAUGACUUGAAAGAAUAUGAUUUGGAAAAUUACGAUAAUGAUGGUCAAGAUGGCUUAGAAGGUGAACAAGUUACUAUAUUCCCAGGUUUAUCAAAUACAGAUGCUAAAUUACUACAAGAUGAAAGUGGUGAAGGUGAUCAAUAUUUAUCUUUACCAACUGAAGUUGAUGUACAAGAAGAAAAGAAAGAAAAUCAAAUCUACCCAACCGAUAAUUUAGUCUUGGCUACUAGAACUGAAGAUGAUAUUUCAUACUUGGAUGUAUAUAUCUAUGAUGAUGGUGCUGGUGCUCCAGCAGGUGCCGAAGAAGAAGAAGAGGAUAAACUAGAUGCUGAUGUUGCCAAUGGUAUGGUUAGAGAAUCAAACUUGUAUGUUCAUCACGAUAUUAUGUUACCAGCUUUCCCAUUAUGUGUUGAAUGGGUCAACUAUAAACCAGGACAAGGUGAAGCAUCCGAUAACAAUAUUGGUAACUUUGCUGCUGUUGGUACUUUUGAUCCACAAAUUGAAAUUUGGAACUUGGAUUUUGUCGAUAAGGCAUUCCCAGAUUUGAUCUUGGGUGAACCAAAUCCAAACUCAUUUGUUGCUAAAAAGAAUAAGAAAUCAAAGAAAAAGAAGUCAACUCAACAUAUAACUACACAUCAUGUUGAUGCUGUUUUGUCAUUAUCACACAAUAAAAUUCAUAGAUCAGUUUUGGCAUCCACUUCAGCAGAUAAAACUAUUAAAUUAUGGGACUUGAACAGUGCUACUGCUGUUUGUUCUUUUAACAAUAUUCAUCACAAUAAAACCGUAUCAUCUUCACAAUGGCAUCCUCAAGAAGCUUCAAUUUUGUUAACUGGUGGUUACGAUUCUACUGCAGCUCUUACGGAUGUCAGAAUUUCUGCUGGUGACUCCUCCAAACACUACUCUGUUGUUGCUGGUGAAGAAGUUGAAAACGUCAGAUGGGAUGCUUCCAAACCAGAAUUGUUUUACGUCGGUACUGACAAUGGUAAUGUUUACAGUUUUGAUAUCAGACAAGAAUCUAAACCUUUAUGGACUUUACAUGCACACGAUGCAGGUAUUUCUUCAUUGGAUGUUAACAGCUAUGUUCCAGGUAUGUUGGUUACCAGUGCCAUGGGUGAAAAAGUUGUCAAACUUUGGAAAUGUCCACCACAAGCUGAAUCAGGUAAACAACAAGGUCCAUCAAUGGUUUUAUCAAGAGACUUUGGUGUUGGUAAUGUGUUGACCACUAGUUAUGCUCCAGAUAUCGAAGUUGCUGGUAAUAUGGUUAUUGGUGGUAUAACAGGAGGCUUGAAAAUGUGGGAUACUUUCAGUAACAGUUCUGUCAGAAAUAGUUUCAAGGAUGAAUUAAGAGCAUUACAAAUUCAUGCUAGAGAAGAAGCUAAGAAAUCUGGUCGUGCUUCUAGAAUUGCCAGAAAAUACAACAGUAAUAGCACUAACGAAGAAAUCAUGACUGUUGAAGCUGGUGGAUUGAAAGAUGAAUCCGACUCUGAUAGUGACGAAGGUAUUGAAGUUCCAGGUGGUGACGAAGAUAUGUCAGAUGAAGAAGAAGAAGACUAUUAA